ACUCGCACCCGUCCCCACACUCCCCACCGCGCAGCCCUCCCCUUCGUCGGCAGCCCAAAAACCCUCGGGGGCGAAGCGAGGAGAGGACGGCAAUGGCGGAGGCGAGCCGCAGCCACCCGUCGCAGUACGUGAGGCUGAAGAAGGACCAGGACGCUUCCGCCUCCGGCCCCAGCGUGGAGGACAUCCGCCCUGGCGAGCUCAACCUGCCCGUCGCCGUCCCGCAGCUGGAGCAGAGGAAGUGCUUCGAAUGCGGGCAGGUGCUGCCUGAGAGCCACCGGGCGCCGGCCGACGAGCCGUGGACAACCGGCAUCUUCGGGUGCGCCGAAGACCCCGAGAGCUGCCGGACUGGUCUAUUCUGCCCCUGUGUUUUGUUUGGACGAAAUGUUCAGGCUCUUAGAGAAGAUAUCCCAUGGACAACACCCUACACUUGCCAUGCUGUCUGUGUUGAAGGUGGCAUUGCAUUGGCAAUCCUUACGGCUAUAUUCCAUGGUGUUGACCCAGACACAUCAGUCCUGAUUGGUGAAGGCCUGGUGUUCGGUUGGUGGUUAUGCUCUAUAUAUACUGGUAAUUUUCGUCUACAGCUUCAGAGGAGGUAUCAUCUCGAGAACUCUCCAUGCCCUCCUGGCAUAGUCCACUGCUGCUUCCCCUGGUGCGCGAACUGUCAGGAGCAUCGUGAAAGGAAAGGCCGCCUCGCAGAAAGCAGUGUUGUUCCAAUGACCAUUGUCAACCCGCCGCCGCUGCAAGAGAUGAGCAUGGUCGAGAACAACGCUCCCACAUCCGAGAAUGAAGCGUCGAAGGCCGAGCAUGAUGAUGUGGAGGUGAUACCUCUCUAGGAAAGAUAGCAUGAGAACUGAAACUGACAUGGAAUCUGCUAGCCAAUUUAGAGACUACCAUAUAUUGUUAAUAAAUCACUGUCAUCUGGCAGGUACCGUAUGAAACAUUGUUCUGAUCCAGAUUUUAGUUUAUGACCAUUACUACCUAUGAUAGAAUGUUGACCGUGGGCAUGUAAUAUAUGUGUGGAGACCAUUACUACCUAUGAUAGAGUGCUGCCCGUGGGCAUAUAAUAUAUAUGUGUGGAGACCAUUACUACCUAUGAUAGAAUGUUUCCCGUGGGCAUAUAAUAUA